AUGCCACCCUUCAACCAGAGCAUUUUCCAUCCUGCUGUCUUCUUCCUUACUGGCAUCCCUGGUCUUGAAGCCUCUCACAUCUGGAUCUCCAUCCCAUUCUGUUGUCUGUAUGCCAUUGCCGUCUCUGGGAAUGGCAUGAUCCUAUUUGUCAUCAUCACUGAGUCGAGCCUCCAUGAGCCCAUGUACUAUUUCCUCUCCAUGCUGUCCUUCACAGACCUAGGUUUGUGUCUAUCCACACUGGUCACCAUGCUGGGUAUUUUCUGGUUCAAUGCUCGAGAAAUCAGCUUUGACACCUGCAUUAGCCAAAUGUUCUUUAUUCAUGGCUUCACGUUCAUGGAGUCCUCGGUACUCCUAGCAAUGGCCUUUGACCGCUUCAUUGCCAUCUGUAACCCUCUGCGAUAUUCCAUGAUCUUGACCAAUUCGAGGAUCAUCAAAGUGGGUUUUGCAAUCAUUAUCAGGGGCACAACAGCCCUAGUGCCUUUGCUCCUGCUCCUUAAGCGUCUGUCUUUCUGCCACAGUCAUGUGCUCCACCAUUCCUAUUGCUUCCACCCUGAUGUGAUGAAGCUUUCAUGCACAGACACAAAGAUAAAUAGUGCAUUUGGCCUGGCCAUUGUCAUCUCUACCGCUGGUCUGGACUCUGUGUUAAUCCUUCUCUCCUACGUUCUGAUCAUCCGCUCUGUGCUCAGCAUUGCAUCCGUAGAGGAGCGGAAAAAGGCUUUUGGAACCUGCAUCUCCCACAUCAGUGCUGUUGCCAUCUUCUAUAUUCCCAUGAUCAGCUUGUCUCUGGUGCAUAGAUUUGGGAAGAAUGCCCCUCCUAUUGUGCACACUCUCAUUGCCAAUGUUUAUCUGCUCAUCCCUCCUGUAAUGAAUCCCAUAAUCUACAGUGUGAAGACAAAACAAAUUCGCAAGGCCGUGCUUAAACUAUUUAUUCCCAAGGUAGUUUAG